AUGGAGAACUUCUCACUCCUCAGCAUUUCAGGACCUCGAAUCUCUUCCUCUGUCCUGAGCACUUUUCCUGGUAUCAUAUCCUCACGUGCCACCAGCUUGCCAGACAUUGCAAAGACUGUGUUACCCACUGAGGCAUCCAGCCCUGCUACCCCAGUACCAAAGCACACUCUCCGGCACGGGGUGGACAACACAGUGCUCUCACCAGAUUGCAUGUUGGGGGACCCCCUGAACGGGGAGCAGCUGAGGCAGAACUGUAUCAUCUACCGGCCCUGGUUCUCCCCUUACAGCUACUUUGUCUGCAAGGACAAAAAGAGCCACCUGGAGGCCUACAGCUUCCCAGAGGUGCAGAGGGACGAGGGCAAGGGGGACAACUGCCUCCCCGAGGACGUGGCUGAGAGCAUCUACUCGUCGUCUUCCUCCCCAGAGAACACCUGCUCCCAGGAGGCCCCCCAGAAAUUCGGGCACGGCCUGGACUCCACAGACUCCAUCACCUCCCAGGACAUCCUGGCAGCCUCCAGGUGGUACCCUGCCCAGCAGACCGGCUACAAGUGCGUGGCCUGCUGCCGGAUGUACCCCACGCUGCACUCCCUCAAGAGCCACAUCAAGGCGGGCUUCAAGGAGGGCUUCAGCUGCAAGGUGUACUACCGCAAGCUCAAAGCCCUCUGGGGCAAGGAGCAGAAGGCCCGGCUGGGGGACAGGCUCUCCUCAGGCAGCUGUCAGGCUUUCAAGUAA